CCCGUCCUGCGCCUCCACAGGGCCCUGCGCUGGCUGCAGCUCUUCCUGGAGGGGCUGAGAACCGGCCGGGAGGACUCCCGCACGUCCGUCAUCUGCACGGACUCGUACAACGCCUCCCUGGCUACCUACCACCCCUGGGUCGUUCGCAAGGCAGCCACGGUGGCCUUCUGUGCUCUGCCGGCCCGGAACGCCUUCCUGGAAAUCAUGAACGUGGGCCCGCCCGAGGAGGCUGUCGCCAUGCUGGGCGAGGCCCUGCCCUACAUCUGCAACGUCUACAGCAUCACCCAGGAGCUCUUUGCCCAGCACAAGCUGCUCGACCUUCCCUGA